CGCGACUGUCGAAAAAAAAGCUUGGGAGAUUAUAAAAAUGUUCGUCCCUAUAAAGAGGGUUUGUAUUUGCUGAUACUGUUACAUUAUUGGGUGCAGUAAGAACACUACUUCACAGAAAUGAGCAGUUCUUUGUUAUUCUGAAUUCAACAUACCAUGGCUGGCCAUUUUCCCUCUGGAGCCUCGGACAAAUCGGCAUUACUGCAUGACCAGAAUAUGAACAAUAAUUCCCCUUCAAAGCAGAUUCCCUCCCCUGGAGGGAAGGAGCCGCCGGUCUUUAUUCUCUCUUCUCCUCAGGCCAUCCCUUCUCCAAUAUCUGGAUCACCUGUUUUAAAACACAACCCGAUCACCCCACCUCUCUUACAGAAAAUACAAUCAACCUCACCCCAGAAAUCACCCAGCAUCCCUCACAAAAACUUUAUACCUCCGGGGCAGGGCCAGUCUUGUGUUCCUUUGACAGCCCCUGUGAAUGCAGACAGUAAACUAGUGGCCCCAAUAUCAAAUGGGGGUCAGAAAACCAGUUCAAAACCACUGGAGAAUGUCCAGCGCCAACCAGCAGUGAUCCAAACAAACCCCAAAACAGAGAAACCGAAAAGUUUGGAUUUGAGAACUCAGGAUGACAAUUACAAUCAGGAUAGUUCAGGAAAUAUGGCUUUACAGCAGCUGAAGAGUGCAGCAUUGCCCACAGAGAUGCAGCAGAAGAGUGCAGCAUUGCCCACAGAGAUGCAGCAGAAGAGUGCAGCAUUGCCCACAGAGAUGCAGCAUAAGAAUGUAGCAUUGCCCACAGAGAGAAAUGGAGGAAGUGUAGUGAAAGAAGAAGGAUCAGACUCAACCAGUGACUCUGAACGCCGCCCAGAUCUCUCCAAGUAUAGAAUCAGGAGGGGUCUAACGUUUUGUACCGACCCAGAGGAGGGAGAUAAUGACACAGGGCCCGUGGAGUUGAGGCACCACAGGCGUGGCGAGUUGCGGCAUGCCAUGUCCGAGGUUCUGCCCAACGAGGUGCGCCUCCGCAAACGUAGCCAGACCAUGGCCAACGUGAAGGAGCACGCCUAUGGCAGGCUACAGGAAGAGCUCUCUAAGGCCCAGGAGGAGCUGAAGUUGAAGGAUGAGGAAUGUGAAAAACUACUGAAGGUCAGGGACCAAAUGUGUGAGGAGCUAGAGGAACUCACAGCCAGCCUGUUUGAGGAAGCAAAUAACAUGGUACAGGAUGCCAAUAUUAAAAGAAUGCACUCCGAGAAACGGCUGAUUGAAGCUCAGCAACAGAUUGAGGUCCUCCAGGCUGAGGUUGUGGCCCUAAAGCAGCUGGUGCUGACCUCCACCCCCUCCUCCCCCAACAAACACCUCCACCCUCAGAUCGCUGCCACCAUGUCCACAGAGAAAGAGAAGCCCAAGUCCAGCAAGCCGUUCUGGAAGACCCACCGGCGCUCCACCAGUCACCACGAGUUCACCAAGGAGGCCAGGCAGGAAGUGGAGGCUCAGCAAGAGGCCAAGGCCGAUCGGUGCAAAGAGCUGGAAGAUUUCGAUAAUUGGAUUGACAGUACAAUAUACGAGGAGUUUGUGGAGUGGAGAAGGACUCCCAGCCUAGAGUUAUCAACAGCCUUCCUGAACCGCAUGUAUGUAGAAGACAUUGGUCCCUGUCUCAACUUCUCCAAUGUCGCAUUGGCUGAGAAGGUUAAGAGUUGUGUAGCCAGUAACAGCCUGACCAUUGAGCCUAUCCCCGGGGACAGCUCAUACCCCAGGAGAUGUCGUCUGACAGAAAACAACAAAUUGUGUAACUACAAAAUUAAGCUGGGAGAAAACUCAGAUUGGUAUUCUAUAUCUCAGCUCUGUAGGAAUAGGAUUGCUGCUGUUUGUGAUUUUUAUACUUAUAUACGGUAUAUUUACCAAGGAUUGGUCAAAAGUGAAGACAAAGAGGCAUUCUAUGAAAUUGUGAGAUUAAGGAAGAAGAUGGCCUUAUCAAGACUUGGGUACUCAUAAACUGACUGGUUCUCUGUGAACUAAACUGGUUCCUAAAUAGUGAGGGCAGUAUCAUUGUGUUAAAUGACCUAUACGAACGUGUUAGUGACUUCACCCUUGCCAUUUUGUUCUUUCUUUCCUAAAUGGAAACAGUUUCAAGUGUUAGUGCCAUUGUGUCCUGUUUAACAGGGGAUAAUACUCUCAGUUCAUUUGAUAUAGAGAUGGACCAUGCUCUCUUAAUUGCAUGGAAUAUAACAGUUACUGAGACCAGGCUGUGAAGGACGCUCCUUUUUUGAUGCAUUCAUUGGGUUCUUGGUGUGAAACAUGAAGUCGAUGGAACAGACACCUUUCAGCUUUAAUAGGACUCUGCACAAAUAAUUUUGAGAAACUGUCAGACUAUUUUGUGAUUUUAUUUUAUGACCAGAAUCUUUUGAACUAUCAAUACAAUACUGUCAUUCAGCAAGAAAAAAAACUUCGAAUACAAUAUGCAAUUUUUAUAUUAUUUUUUUUUUUGCAGUUGUUGAUAGAUAACCAGAUUAUUAGACCACCUUUAUAAUGUUGUUUGUUUUAACUUUGUUUAGUGGGGAAGAUAUUGGAGGUGGUGUUUUUGUUCAAAAUUACAUAAAUCCUUUUAUUUAAAACCAUAUGCAUUUAUUAGACAAGAAAUCUCUAAACAGAUGAAAUUCAACAGUAUAGAUAAGAUGAGACUCUGUAAGUUAAUCAUUGUGUCAGAUACUUAUAAGUAAGUGUUGAGCAGGAUAGAGUAAACAAAACAUUUUUCUAAAGGGCGGCUUAAACCUCACAAAUUAAUGUGUUUUGAAUUUUAAUUUUGUAAUUUUGUUAGAAAGAUGGACUCUGUAGGGAUGAAGGAGAUUAGGGAAAUUUUUUUAUUGUUUUUUUUUCCUCUUGUUAUUGAAAUUAACAACAUGUGCCAAACAAUAAAUAACUGUUACAUGUAACGUAUAGUAAGUAUAUGCACAUUUUCUGAUUAUCUGUACAUAUACAAGCUACCAUUUAUAAUUGUGGGUAUUUUAUAUUGUACAUUGUUCAUAUUACUGUUCAGAAUUUAAACACUUGUAUGUAUAUUGCAUAAAAAUGUACUUUAUGGAGAUAUGAUUAUUCUAAUAGAGAUUUUAAAGGGUGGAAAACUGCAGAUUUUAUUUUAAUUUUCUUUCCCCUUUAAUAUUUUUGGUGGGAUUUUUUUUCUGUGCAAUAUGUGAUGCUUAUGUGGAGAGGAAACUGAACAAAGAAAUAUAUGUGGUUCAUGUGUUGAUUAGAUUUAGAAAUUAACCAAAGAACCUCAAACAAGAGACUUGCAACUUUUUGUAGUCGGAUAAAUGCAUGUAUCAUUUUCCCUUAUAAGCAAGUUUGGCGUUUGCACAGCAAAUUAUGCAUUUCAAUAAGGUUUUCUUAAGUAAUUGCAAAAGCAAAAUGUUCAAAAGAGAAUGGAAAAUGAUGUGACAAAAUUUUAUACACAAUUUUUUUUAUAUUAAUUGAAGCUUGUGUCACAGUGUAGAAUUUAAAUUUUUGAUUUAUUUUUUUUAUUUUUGUCAAUCAAAAAUAUAUUUUUUUUCUAAUUUUUAGCUAGUUCUACUUAAAACUUUAAUUUGGAAAGUUAAGCACUUAAGGAAGUUAUUAGAGCAAAGUGCAAUAAAAUUUCAUGUGUUUUUUUUAUUUUUGAAAAAUUGGUGUAGUCAACUGAGUGCAAGUGUAGUUUGGUCUGAGAUCUAAGAGCUCAAUUUUACUCAUUGCUAAAAAUAAAGAAAUCAGAUAAUUGAAAGAGCAACAGAUACUAUGGGGGAAAAAGUUUUUUUUUUUAUUUGGUAAUAACCAUGCAUCUCCUGUUUGUGAUGGUGAAUGUGGUAUACUUUUGAAUAUUGUAUAUUUUGAGAUUUACUAUAAUUAUAAAUAGUUGUUUGGUAAUAUACUAGUAAGUAUUUCACUGAGAGAUUCUUCACAGACUGGGAUUAUGUUUGGGUAAAAGGCUGUCUCUGCAAAUGCAGCCAUGUAUAAAUACUUUAGUUAAAACUACUUAUCAUUUGCAGGAAAUGUUUUUCAUAUAUGAUUCAGUGACUAAGGCCAAUCAGUGACAUUUUUACUUACAUGUGUAAAUAAGGUGAAUAAGUUUGAAGGUCUUGGGUGUUAUUAGCCACUAUUUGGAUUAAGGAACUAGCAGAUUUAAAAUUUCACCAAGAGUCAAAGGUAUUCUUUCAAAUCACUGAGUAUACUUGUACAACAUCCAAUCAAACUUUAAAGUUUGCAUAUACUAUAAUACUGCUUGGGGAAGUCGAAUCUAUCAGAAAACAAAUUGUUGUACCUUUAGAAGAGCAUUAAACUAGUAAAAGAUAUAUUUUUUCAUAUGACAAAUAUAAUAUUAACAGGAACACAUUGAUGAUUUUAAGAUAGAUUUAUGGAUAAUUGUUUUUCUUGCUUAGAGGAAUUUUAAAUGUAGUUUUGAUUGUAGAUUAAUUUGUAUGUUCAGUCUUGUUUUGAGCAAUUUGAUUUUUUCAGGCACCUGUCUAUGUUUGAUAUGUAUACAUGUCAUUUUUAGUUUGUUAUUUUUGGCAUCGCUCUGCCCGCCGGUUGUGACUUUGUUAACUUGGUCCACAGCUUUACACUACAAACAAAUUCCAUUAUACAUACCCACACAGAAAUAGCAAAAUAAAAAUCUUGAAUUUUGUGAGAGAGGUUAAAAAUUAUUGAGGUUUAUAUUAAACCACCGAUGUGAGACUUAGAUUUAUAGUUUAUUGCUUUUUUCUAUUCCAACUGAUGAUUGAAUUUGUGUGUAGAGAUUUUUAAAAAAGAGUUUUUGCACCCUAAACUUAUGUUUGAAUAUUGAAAACUUUGGAGAUUGUUAUUAAUUUCAGUUUGAAAAUACAAAUUUGUUAUUAAUUAUAUGGCACCAUCAGUAUUGAGCAUUGUUAUUGUCAUUUAGAUUUUAACUAAAGUGUAUUUUUAGAUUUUAUGUAUAUCAUUGGUGGAAACAAUUGCUGUAAGCACAGACACUUUUGUAUCAGCUGACACCAUAUUGUUGUUGGUUGUUUGUUGAAAACGUAUAAACAACAGAAACUAGUUCCUCAAUGUUUCACUAAGUAUUCUCGUAAAUUUUAUCGAGAAACAAACAUGAUCAUAUUAUAUAUUAUUGCAAUGAUGGAUUUUUUUGGGACCAACCAAUAUUCGAUCAUGCUGAUUGUUUUAAAUCCUUCUUAUUGUAAAUUGUUAGAGACGAAUAUAUCGAGACAUUUACUACCAUUUCAUUCAAUACUGUAAUUAGUGGUAACUUUAUCACGAACGGUGCUCUGCUACGAAAACGGUUGGUCCCAAAUGCAAUGUUAAGUUAAUUGGUAUUAGAUGUAUUCUGUAAAAAGACGUAUAUUUGGGUUAAAGAAUAGUGUAUUUUUGCAGACAGCUCCUUUUGUAACUGUAUACAUUGUACGCGAGUGUCUUUGAUCUGUCUGUUAACUGCAUGUUUUUCUCGAACAUGUGAACCUGUGGGCAUUUCUAUCACAAUUCAAUGGUUAGUUAUUAUGUGCAGUUUUAUAGAAUUUUGUUAUUUUCAUCAGGAGGAACAAAAAUAAUAUAUUUUAAUUCUAUUAAAGUUUGUUUAUGAACGAA